AUGGCUGCGGCUAAUCCUUGGGGCGUGACGGCUAAUGUGAGCGGUGGCACUACUCUGGAAACACCUUCAUUAAAUGAUGUGAUGUCUGAAGAGCUAGCGCGCGAUCUCCAGGCCAAGGAAAAUCCCAUCCAAUUUGAUAUUCAAUCAGAAAUCGAUUUCGAGACACUGAACUUGGAUUCGCAAUUUCCACUUGACGAUGCCACCGAGACACUGAACUUGGAUUCGCAAUUUCCACUUGACGAUGCCACGUGCAAGGAUGAUUUGCUCAUAGCUCAGAUGCUUCAAGAUCAAUUUGAUCGUGAAGCCGAUGCCAUGUUGCAAAGUGAAGAGCGCCACAAGAAUGGGACCAGUAAAGUGACCGUGUCUUAUUCCAAGUAUAAAAUGAUCCCGCCCCAUGACCUGUGGGAUGAAAGUGAGGAAGAAGAUGAUUAUCUUACUCAAGAUGACCGGAAGAGGGAUUGGGAUUGGUAUGAGACGCAGGACAAGGAUAUGGGCGAGAUGCCACGAUGUGGAUACAAACAAGUGGAUGGGAAGACUAUCACCAAGCAUGAUAGUGAGCUCAGCCAACGGAGCAACGGCCGACGAAUCAUGGAAUUUCCCCCGGGGAUUGAUACCGGGGAUGGCGGCGGGAUCGAAAUGAAGCUCUCGAAUCAGGUGUACAAUAAGAUCCGGAACUUUUCGAUUAAGGAGGGCAAGAAGAAGCAUAAGGUCCAUGACAAAGCGGAGAAGUCGACGUCCGAGUUGGCCAUCGAUCAGGCCACUAAGAUAAUGCUGUUCAAGUACGUUGAUCGUGGGAUCUUGGAACGGAUUUCGGGCAUAGUAUCUACGGGUAAGGAGGCUGUGAUUUUGCACGCCGAAGGUGGACCUGGACCAGAAGAUACCGAUGAGCCCAUGAACAUUCCUCAUGAGUGUGCUAUCAAGGUGUUCAAGACCACUCUGAAUGAGUUCAAGACUCGAGACAAAUACAUUAAAGAUGACUACCGAUUCCGUGAUCGCUUCUCCAAGCAAAAUCCACGUCGUGUCGUUCACAUGUGGGCCGAAAAAGAGAUGCACAAUCUAAGGAAAAUGGCCAAACACGGCAUUCCGGUGCCCGAGGCCAUUCUCCUGAAGAAACAUGUGCUUUUGAUGGCCUUCAUUGGUGAAGACGGGACACCCGCUCCCAAGUUGAAGGAUGCUCUCAUGGGGUCGGCCGACUAUGAACUGGCUUACGACCAGGUGAUUAAUACGAUGAGGAAGUUGUACGAAGAGUGCCAUCUCAUCCAUGCAGAUUUGUCCGAGUAUAAUAUCCUAUGGCAAGACAAGCAAUGUUGGUUCAUCGAUGUCAGCCAAUCGGUGGAGCCCAAUCACCCGAAUGGAUUAGAGUUCUUGAUGCGUGACUGCCAGAAUAUCUCGAGUUACUUCAAUCGAGUUGGGGUGCAUGAUGUCAAAUCGCCCACCGAGUUAUUCACAUUUAUCACUGGCUUGCCUCUGAAAGAGGGCCCGGAAGAUGUCGGGAUUUUGUCUCAAAUUCAGAACUUUAUCAAGCACGACCAACUCACGAAGAACCAAGAUGUUCAAGACAAGGAUGUGUUCAACUAUUGCUGGGAUCAAGCCCAAUCCAAGAGCGCCGACUCCGCGUCCAGACCGAUCCCUGGUCAUCCAGGCAAGCAUAGGGCCGCUAAUAAAUCCGGCAAGAGCCCUCGAAGCCCAAAGAUGUCCUUUUCAAAAUCUCCCUCCUCUUGGACAAGUGCCAAAUCCCCGAAAAGUCCAAGUGGAAAGUCUUUUGCGUCCAUGACCGACGAAGAACUGAAGGAUAUGAAAGACUCCAUGUUGAAGGAUGGCAACGACGGAGAAGAAGUAGAGGAGGAGGAAAACAGAAGAAAAACAAAAAAGGAGACCACCGUGACCUUCGUAGAACCCAAUUAGAUGUAAAUAAUGAACUUCUGAAGGAAGCACAAGUGAUGGAUGGUUGGUCCAUUGUUUUCAAUCUGAAUCGAAUAAUCAAUCUUUUUUAGUCUAUUACAAAA